AUGUCUACAGCUCCUGAGCAAGCAUCUAAACCAAGUCGUAAUUGGUCUCGAUUAUUAUUGAAUAAAGUAGUUAUUGUUACUGGUGCUGGUGGAGCUAUUGGUUCUGCAAUUGCAUAUGGAUGCGUAUUGCAUGGAGCACAUGUGAUAGUAGCUGAUAUCAAUAAAAAGGCAGCUGAUAAAGUUGUAAGAAAAAUUAUUAAUGAAGAUGAAACAAAAAAAGAAUGUGUUAUGGCAACUGAACUUGAUGUUUCUGAUGAACAAGCAAUUCAAAAUGCAAUAAAAACUAUUGUAGAUAAAUGGAAUACAGUCGAUGUACUUGUCAAUACUGCUGCUAUUUUUACAUUCGGUUCAGUUGAAAAUGCAUCAGCAGAAGCAUAG